AUGGCCGAAGCACGCCGAAGCGCGCUGGCCACGUUGCGCGGCACAUACCUGACAUACCUCGCGCCUCGCGCGGCUACAGGAAUCGGAGCUCGAGUGAGAAAACGAUCGGAGUGCUGGACUACCGUUUGGUCGAGAAUCGUCGCCCGUCGUCGGAUAUCAUCGUGGCGUUUAACGUAUACUCUCGAUCGUGAAAUAUUGGACAGUGGUUCUAUGAGUCCUGAUGUGGUCCUGUGCAACGGAUGCCCGGAUGGCGCGAUGGCGAGGAAGGCAAGGAGGAGAACCUUGUCUAAGAGGAGGCCUGGCGGAGGCAUCAGGCCCCGGCGGCGGAGCAACUUUGGGAGCACUGUGGACAUUGGAUGGAUCAACUCUGGAACAGAUAGUGUCGCGACUAAUUUAAUUGUGGUUCUGUGAGUAUCCUGUGCAACGGAUGCCCGGAUGGCGAGGAGGGCAAGGAGGAGAACCCUGUUCUGAGAGGAGACCUGGCGGAGGCAUCAGGCCCCGGCGGAGCAACUUUGGGAAUCAUCGUAGCUUCGUGGCAGACUAACUCCGCUCGUUGCGCAUCGGUCGGUGAGUGACUUUUUUUUAUUAUGGGGUGAUGAAUCUGUGAAUAUUAGUUGUUUUUAUGUAUUAUUUUUAUCUAAUAAUACAGAUAAAUGCGACUUGUGUCACAUAUUCGUUGCCCUAAAAUGGAUAGACUAAAUCAGAUUAGGUUGAAUAAUAAUAGGCUGCAUAAUAAAUCCUAGAGUUCUAUUUAUUGAUUUAUUGUAUCUACGGAGAGACUGCCCUCGCGUAACAUAUAUCAAUAACAUGCCGAUUUUAUCCUGAUCGUUUGUUGUCUAUCCAUUUAGUAUUAUUAUUGACUUUGUAUCAAUAAAUAGAACAAAAUAAAAUGACGUGAG